AUAUUGCCUUGCAGGGUGUUGUUUAUCACGGUUAUUGUAUUGGUUAGCUGCAGUAUAGAGGCACGAACUAUACCAAGUACCGCAGUGCAUGCCAUACCAGGCAUCAGUGGUCAGAGUAUACCUGGCAUCAGUGGUCAGGGUAUACCUGGCAUCAUUGGUCAGGGGAUACCUGGCAUCAGUGGUCAGGGUAUACCUGGCAUCAGUGGUCAGGGGAUACCUGGCAUCAGUGGUCAGCGUAUACCAGGGAUCAGUGGUCAGGGUAUACCAGGGAUCAGUGGUCAGAGUAUACCAGGGAUCAGUGGUCAGGGUAUACCAGGGAUCAGUGGUCAGGGUAUACCAGGGAUCAGUGGUCAGGGUAUACCAGGGAUCAGUGGUCAGGGUAUACCUGGUAUUAGCAGCAAUCGUCUAUCGACUCUCAUUAGACGUGUGUUAGCGACUGUCAAGCGAGAGCUCAUCGUCAACCCAGCACUGCAGCAGCAAGGGAACCCGCAGCAGCAGCAACAGCAGCGACAGCAGCAGCAGCAGCGAGAACAUCUACAACAAAUACGACAGCAGCACACCUACCGGAUACGAUCAUCCAACCGUAACGACACCUACCGGACAGACAUAAAGCUCAACCGCAUCCUGGCACCAGGACAACCGGAUGCAGACUGCAUAUAUUAUGUAAAACGCAAAUUUCGCGUUGACGUGCUAGACUGGUCGCCCGUCGUCCUUGCAACGUGUCACGCCAUCUACUCGCCUGCUGUGAUGCGUGACGCGAACCACGCGCGCGGAAGUCUACGUGGCGUGCGCGCAAAAUCUCUGUAA